AUGAUAUCUCAGGACAUAAGGAACUUGCUGGCACCCCCGGACACGCAGACGGCCGAGGAACAAUGCCUACAGGAACUAAACGCGCGGUUCGUUUCAUGGGAUGCAUUGCAGGAAGGGGACGCGCUGUCGAGCCUGUUGGCCGACUCCCAGCACCGCCGUGACGAUCUACAUGACAGACUAAACGCCUCUCAAUCAGCCUUGGAUGCGUUACUUACUUCUACAGCCGAAGCUGCGUCUGAACAGCUACACACGGCCCAGGAGCUCUCGCUUCUUCGACAUUCGCUCGCGGAUGAGCUCAACGACCUUUCCGAGGAACUGGUGUCGUCACAGGUUGACGAACAGCGGGAGCCAACAUUGCUGGAAGACGUCGAAACGCUGCAUCGCAACCUGAAGGAGCUGCAGAGUGUCAAGACCUAUGUGCAGGUUGUCGAACACGGACUGAAGCUCAGCGAGAGCGUGGUCAGCAACUUCCGUGAGCGAGCUGGCGCGCCAAUUUCUUUGUCUUCUCUUUCCGAAUAUCGCACGCUUCAAUCUUUCGUGACGUCGGUGUCAGAAAAGUGCGAGGAAGUGUUGGAUAGCACGGGCGUCCAGAGCUUGCAUUUGACGAAAUUCCUGGAACACCUACGGAGGCGGACGUGGAGUGAAAUCAAAGACGUUCUUGCCGCACCAUUGCUAGAAGCUGCUGAGAAGCUUGGCUGGCCGAUGAAGGUGGACUACAUUGCCGCGAAGCCGCAGGACCGCAAAGCCUUUGAAGAUGCCUUUAUGAGCAUGCUCAAAUUCCAGGAGCUUGGUCAAUCGAUACACCCAACUCCUCCCGAAGGCGAACAGUCCGAGAAAGACGGCGUAUAUCCCCUGCAAGCCCUGGUGCAACCUGUUUCGCUCCGAUUCAAGUAUCACUUCGAGGGCACGCGGCAGACCAACAAACUUGACAAGCCUGAGUGGUACUUCACGCACAUCCUCAACGUGGCUCACGAUCAACGACCAUUUUUGGAAGCAGUUAUCCAGCCCUUACUAUCCUCCAUAUCGUCGUUCAAGCAUAUCGUAGCUUGGCGCGAAUUCACUUAUCUCCUUCUUCCUCUGCCCUCUCGCAAGCUUCGGCGCACGAUGCCUUUGCUUUUGGGCCAUCCGCCGCUUUUGGCGCAUACAAUCUACCAAGCGCUCGCUUUCGACGGGGCCCUUAGGGAGGAAGGCUUCGGCUUAGCAGGUACUUCGCGCGCUACGACCUCGAAAGUUGACGAGGCGAAGGAGAAAGAGUGGGAGGGUGUGAGCGAAGUCAUCCUGGGCAGGAAGGAGUGGUUCGAUGUAUGGCUGGAAGGCGAGCGCAAAUUCGCGGAAGACCAGUACAUCGAGAUCAUCAGCGCGCCUGACGCGUGGACGAUUGCUCACGACGAGAGCGACGACGGCGUUCCGAGCGAGCUCCGACCGACGAAUUCUGCGAGGAGGGUCAAGGCCCUCGUUGAGCAGGUCACGGAUCGCUACUCGCCACUCCCACAAUUCACGCACCGUACCCGUUUCCUCAUUUCUGUCCAGCUGCCGAUUUUGGAGCAAUAUCAUUCGCGCAUAUCUGCGUCGUUGGAUGCCUUCGAAACACUCUCUUCCUCCCUUGUGCGUGCGGUCCCUGGCGCCCUCGGCGUUGGUGCGAGCGGAGUCGGCAGCGGCAGCGAGCAGGGCGUAAGAUGGGGAGGUGACACACGGAGACUGACUGGCGGUGUGGAGGGCGAUCAAAGGUUGUGCAAGGCUUUGGUCAGCGCAAGAUACAUCGCGAACGCGAUGGAGACCUGGGGUGAGGAUCUGUUCUUCUUGGAGUUGUGGUCAGAGAUAAACCGCCGCGCAUCCCUUCGUGCGCGAGCGGGCGAGAAUCCGCUUCUCCCUGACCCAGAGAACGAUGACAAGACCGUGCCCGACUCGACCAUAUUCGAGGAGCUCAUCGCGCAGUACAACAAGGUGGCAUCACGCGCAGAAGAGAUGAUUGUCCAUCACGUCUUGGGGGAAAUUGAGGGCGCCUUACGCGCGCACUUCGCCGCGGCCAUAUCGUCGAGUCCGCAGAUGCAGCAGACCGAGGAUGACGUUGGGGUUUCACCGACGUUGAUUGGGUCGAUAGCCCUUCUCUCCUCACACCUGACGUUCCUCAAGUCCACACUGCCGCACACAACCGUACUCGCCCUCUAUCGCUCAAUCGCCUCCAGGCUAUCUUUGCACAUACUCCAGCGGCAGGUUCAAUAUCGCGGACGGGGUCGAAUCUUGCCCGCAGAAGGCGCCUCUAUCCAUAGCGAGUGCGAGCUGUGGCUCGAAACGUCACGCUCCGCUCUUGCCGGCACACCAGGUGUGACUGCCGCGAGGACGGAGGGCCCAUGGCGAAGACUGCUGGAAGCCGGGAGGUUGUUCGGCCUUGUCGGUGAUGACUGGAGGAAGGUUAUGCUGAUGACGUUCGGAGCACACGAGGAUGAGAAGUGGGAGGAGUUGGUGGCCGGCGUGGUUGGCUUCAGCGAACUGAGCCGGGAGGAGGUCGGCCAGAUACUCCGAACACGGUCAGAUUGUGAACUUUGA